GAUCCACAAAGGAUUCACGAAUCAUUCACAGGGUAGAUGUUGCAUCGAGAAUCAACGACAUGCUUUUCUUUUGUGCCCUAAGAAAUUUCUGGUUCCAAUAUGUAAAACAAAAUACGGAUAUUUAUAUUUAUAUUUAUUUACGGUGCUUUCUAAGUACAGGAUUGAAAGCUUGGAAAUAGGAACAUCAGAUUACUAUACCAAAGAAGCAUCACUUACUAUAGAUAAGUUUUCCGUUUUUUAUUUCAUCACCCAAGGAACCCAUGGAUUAUUUUUCAUGUUUCCGUUCCUCUUCGGAUUCCAUUGCACUCCCGUAUAAAGCAUAAGAAAGAAAAAGUCGGAUCCGAUAAACCAAGAUAAUGACAUCACUCCUUUGCAUUUCUCUACAAACGCUGCUGCCUCCAUUCCACAGUUCAAUGUCUGUCUUUGUCUUGUUGCCUUGUCGGUGGUCCCAUCCAGCAAUCCAUACUCACGCUUUUGCCACGUAAGAGGAUGGUGGGAAGUCAGAGGAAGAGCAACGUAAAAGCGCAUUAAUCGCUAAUAAAAUAAAGACGCGGUCCAUGCUUACGUUUACCAAUCAAAAUUCAUUAAUUUUCAUUUUUACGAACGUUUCCACGCUAAAGUUUUUCAAGGUGUCCGUGCUUCCAAUGUGCCUGUGCUUGGUGUUUACCGGAACCCGUAAUUGGAUCUUGUCCUGCCUUUAGAUUCUUGAUCGAGCUCCUUAACCUUCCUCCUCCUAAUAACAAACGUACAGACCAUGGAGAAGGUUUCAGGACUAAGCAUAAAGGUUCAUACUACUGCACAAAAUGUUUGAAAUAAGGUUGAUUCUAUGUUUCAUGAAACAUGAGUCGUUGCGGAGAAGUAUAACGCGUAAACAAAGCACAAGCGAUGAAAGUAAACAAAUAGAAAAAUCAUUUCUUUCCCUUUUUCUUUUUUGGUGGAUUUUUCGACGGUCUUACUGGUAAAUCCUCACAAAUCGUAUCGGUGCUUCUAGUUUUCGCACGAAUGCUAUUUUAUUUUUUUCCAAGACCUUUAAAGAACAUUAGCAUUUUUCACCGAAAUCGUUGCUUUUCUUUGCUACUUAAUUGUUUCCUGAUAACACGUAACAUGACUUACCCUUCCCGGUGAAGUCAUAACUGGACGCAUUUUUAUUUAUAGGGAUAAAGCGAGCUGGACUCUCUCUAUACUCUUCUACAGGCACUACGGACUGCGAAGGAACUGUUUGUCGAUUGCCUUUUUUCGAGCAACUUUAUUGAUUCCUUCUCUUAGCCAUAUUUACGGACAUCUCGUUUCCCCGUUAGAAACGUUAUAGGCUUUUGUUUUUGUUUUGAAUUGAAUUAAUUCGAAGCAUUCACUUGUUUCCUUCUUCUUUUUGUUUUCAUCAACUUUUUCUCUACGCAUUCUUUGGUGAUUUAACAUAGCUUCCAAUAUGGUAUCAACAACCACUGUUCCUGCAAACCAGGCCGCUGACAAGGUUUUGGCGAAUGAAUCGAAAGAUUCCAUAUUCAAGGUCGCCAUUGUUGGUGCUGGCGGUAUUAACUUUGGUUCUCCCGAAGGUCCUUGGAAUAAUGCCCAACGAAUUGAGCAAAACUUAGGCCAACGUCUCCGAGUCAACGCUUUGAUUAAUCCCAUUCCUAAUGAAACCAACCGUGUUUUGGAUUCAAAGCGUGAUUCUAACGUUUCUUACGCCUACAACGAAACUAAGAUGUAUACCUCCAUGACCGAAUACUUGGACUAUUUGUCAAGACAUCCCGAAGAUGAACCUAAUGCCUUCGUCAUCGGUAUUCCUCCCGACUUCCACGGUUCCAACAAGGUUGGUGCCGACAUGGAAUUGCAAAUCGUUCGCCAAUUCCCCAAUGCAGCUCUCUUCAUCGAAAAGCCCAUUACCUCCGCUGCUGUCGAGGACGCUUUCGAUGUUGUUCGUCAACUUGAGCAACACCAAGCUAUUAUCUCCAUUGGCUACAUGUUCCGUUAUUUGAAGGUCGUCGAAGCUGCGAAGAAGUACAUUCAGGACAACAAUCUUAACAUCGUCUGUACCAUCGCCCGCUACAACUCCUCUUACAUUCACAACUCCAAGGUCUUUUGGUGGUACGUUUCCAAGUCUGGUGGUCCUGUAGUUGAGCAAGGCACUCACUUCUGUGACUUGUCUCGCUACUUUGGAGGUGAUGUAGACAUUUCAACUGUUAAAGUCAACCGCGUUCUUUCUAGCGAUCCAUGUGGUAAGCUUUCUGCUCUUCCCAUCGAUGAAGGCUCGAUUCCCGAACAUGAACGUGUUCCCCGCUUUACCGCUGCUUCUUGGAAGUACAAGUCUGGUGCCGUCGGUAUUCUGGCUCACAGUAUCAUUCUCCAAGGUACUCAAUACGAUACUUGCUUGGAGCUGCAAGCUGAUGGUCACUACAUUCGUAUCGUCGACCUCUACGGCACUCCCAGAUUGUACAUUCGCUCACCUGAAUCCGACACCGAGCGUAUUGUUAACUUCCCCGAUGAUGAUCCUUAUUUCUCAGAGUUUGAAGCUUUCAUUGGUGUUGCUGAGGGUAAGCUUCCUCGUGAGCGUAUUUUGUCUGACUUUGAGGAUGGCACCAAGACUUAUGAACUUACAAAGGCCAUUACAAAUAACUAGACAAGAUAUUCAUAACGUUAGAAGCACUUGAAUAUUUGAUGAUACUAUUUAAGGUUGUUUUUGGGUUUUAAUAAAAAAUUCGACCUCCUUUUUUUCCAUUCAGAUACCUUGUUUUUCUGCCUUUAUCAUCCUUGUUUACCUUUUUGAAGGGACCGGUAACAGAGGGCGAGUUCUGGUCGCUUGACCAUUGUAAUUUUCGUCCUUUUUUUUUGUUAGAAAUUUUUAAUGAACGUUUUCUCUCUUUUCAUGAGUUUUGUUGUAAUUGAAUGCUAAAUAGUCUCGAACGUCGUUAAACUACAGAAUAAACUUUCAAUAUCUUCUCA